AUGUCUCUUGUUCGUAGCUUUGAAAGGAAAGAAGAAAUGAAGGAACAUUUCAUCACGUUUAUGGACAAAAUAUUUGAAAACAAACAUGCAGAGCUUGCCCCUCCACUGAAAGACGAAGAGGAAUGUUGGUAUUUGCCACAAUUCGGUGUCUACCACCCUCGCAAGCCCAAACAGAUUAGGGUCGUCUUUGACAGCAGCGCGAAGUACAAGAAUGUGUCACUAAAUGAUGUGUUGUUGACAGGACCAGAUCUUAACAACUCACUGUUAGGUGUCCUAAUACGCUUCAGAAAGGAAGCUGUUGCCUUCACAGCCGACAUUGAACAGAUGUUUUACUGUUUCAAUGUUCGAGAGCAAGACAGAAAUUACUUGCGUUUUUUGUGGUUUCGUGACAAUGACAUUUCCAAAGACAUUGUAGAGUAUAGGAUGACAGUCCACGUCUUUGGGAAUAGCCCAUCACCAGCAGUGGCCAUAUACGGCUUACAUCAGUCUGUUCUACGCAACCAGCCAGAUUGUGAUCCAGAUGUCAAGCAGUUUGUCACACACGACUUCUACGUAGACGACGGACUCAAAUCCCUCCCCACUGUUGAAAUGGCUGUGUCCUUAUUACAAAGAACCCGUGACACACUUGCAAACUCAAAUCUAAGACUGCAUAAAAUAGCAGCUAACAGAAAAGAGGUACUCGAAGCAUUCCCUUCACAAGAUCAUGCCAAAGACCUAAAGGACUUGGACUUUGAAGCUGAUUCAGUCCCCAUGCAACGUAGCCUGGGUCUCCUUUGGGACCUAAAGAAAGACUGCUUCACCUUUAGAGUGUCAGACGAGACAAAGCCCUUUACUAGACGAGGUGUUUUAUCAACAAUAAACAUCCUUUAUGAUCCAUUAGGCUUUGUAGCACCAGUAACAAUGCAGGGAAAGUCCAUUCUGCGUGAACUUAUGGCAGAGAAUGGAGACUGGGAUGCACCAUUGCCCUCAGAAAUGGAAGAGUCCUGGACCCUGUGGAAAGACUCACUUAAAGAACUGUCCAACUUGACCAUUCCCAGAGCAUACACAGAAAUUUCUCCCUCAACAACUACAAAAAAAGAGUUGUUGGUAUUUUCGGACGCAUCUACUAAGGCUAUAGCUGCAGUGGCCUAUUUAAGAGUAACAGAUGCAGCUAGGAACUGUGAAGUAGGCUUUGUUUUAGGUAAGGCAAAGUUAGCACCACGCCCAGAUCAGACCAUACCAAGAUUAGAGCUUAGUGCUGCUGUGUUAGCAGUCGAGCUUGCAGAUCUUCUCACUGACGAAUUAGGCUUUGAAAUAGACUACACUGCAUUCUAUACAGACAGUAAAGUAGUUCUAGGUUAUAUCCACAACGAGACAAGAAGAUUUUAUGUCUACGUGGCUAACCGUGUUACGAGAAUCCGCAAAUCUUCUCAACCAAGCCAAUGGCAUUACGUACCGAGCAGCCAGAACCCAGCAGAUCACGCCACACGUUCUGUUCCUGCUUACCAGCUACCUCUUAGUAACUGGCUCACUGGCCCUGACUUCAUGCUCCAAGAUCAAAGUCCCUCAAAUGACUCUUUUGAACUUGUUGAACCUUGCACAGACUCUGAUGUCAGACCACAGGUGUCUACACUCAAAACCACAAUCUCAACCAAACAACUUGGCUCUGACAGAUUCAACAAGUUUUCGACAUGGAAGUCUCUCAAGCGUGCUGUUUCGAGACUACUACACGUCAUACAUAACUUCAAAUCACUGCCAAGCAAAAUCAAUCACUGCCGUGGUUGGCACUACUGUGAGACAGGACUCACUGUAGACGAGUCAAACCAAACCCAAAAGGUAACCCCUCUUAAGGCUCCAGUUGGCAACUUUACAGCGUCAGACCUCUACAAACAUCAGUGGCGCCAAGUCCAGCACCUGUCAAACACCUUCUGGGACAGGUGGAAGAAGGAGUUCCUUCCCACUCUCCAACCACGUCGCAAGUGGCAUUCCAGUCAACUUAACGUGAGCGUAGUUUCACCCUUUUGAAUGUCAUUAAACCUGCUGACAACGCUCA